UCUUCCCCGUUCAAAAGCUCAGAAAUCAGCAAUUCAGAACUCCCGAGACAAAACAAAAGGGGGAAAACCAUAUUCAAAACCUCCCCAAACCCUCAUCCACCGUCGCCAUGGACAGGGCACCGCCGCGCGGCGCAACCCGCGACGCCGUGGGCCAGCGGUGGCUCGCCGUCUUCGCCUUCCAGGCCGCGCUCUCGGCCGCCGCCUCCGUUGUCCACCUCGCUGCCUCGCCGCGACGCCGCCACCCUCGCCUCGGGGUGCCCCCGGCCCUCCUACUCGCGCUGCACCCGCUCCUCUCCUGCGCCGCCACGGGACUCCUCGCGCUCGCCUUCCUCAUCUCCGCGUCGCCCCACCCGCGCCCACCACCGGUACCACUGCGCGCCCUCGCGGCGUCCUUCCUCGCUGCUGCUGGCGCGCUCUUCGUGGGCGCCGCGGCGUCGCUGGUCCCCGAGGACGCCGGCUGGGCUGCCGUCGCGGGGCUGGGAUUCCGCGGCGCCGUGUUCGGCGCCGUGUUCGCUGCUCACUACUUUGGGCGUGGGAGGUGGUUGCUCCAGUUCCCCGUCGUGCAGCGACCUCUAUUCUACGGAUUAAAGAUGGGGCUUCUGCCAUCCAUAAAAAGGGCUCUAAAGGUGUCGAUUCAGGCUUUCUGCCUUUCACUUGCCCUUACUUUUAUUCUUCCUCGGCAAUUCAGAAUUGGAGGAACCAUUGGAGGCCAAAUUAUCACCCAAAUCAGUAUUUUUGUAUUGACCACUGGUGUUUCCUUCUGUUGGGAAAUAAGCCAUCAUUUUGUCCAGGUUGUGCAUACAAGAAGGUGCAGUUUUACUCCACCUCAGAGCACUGCUGCUGCAGAGACUAAUCCUACUGAUUAUAUCCUUGAAACGUUGGAACUAAGUGAUCCACGAUCGUUGAUGCAAUAUCUAGCAUUCCAAGAUUUGUGUGCGGUAUCUGAAUGUAACUUGGAACCUUGGCGUCGAGCUGCCUUCUUUGAGGAAUCUGGUGAAACUUAUAAAAGAAUUGUCACAGCCUGUUUGAAGCCACUUGAGGAAUUCACUUCAAAAAUUGCUGAAGCUCUCGAAGGGUUUUCUAGUGAUAAGCCAGAACUGCUGUCACAACAAUCCAAGCUCUUUGGGGCAUUUAAUGAUUCACAGAUAUGCUCAUUGUGUGCUCGGACAUUGGCGGCACUAACUGCACGCUCACGGCGAGAGGAUCGGUAUGGAGUUGCUCAACUCACUGGCUGCAACGCUGCUGUGAUGUCUACUUUGCUGUCUGUGCUAGUGGCAGUUGAGGCGUGUUUAGGAAAGAAAACUAACCCACAACCUGUGCACUCACUGGGUCCAGCAAGCAUUAGGUGGGCUAACUUCUCCACGGGAAAAAAAGGCAAUGCAACUGCAAUUGCAAGCACGCAAAGAGGUGGUCUGCACACAAAAGCUUAUUUGAUGGCUGAUGUCCUCCGGACUUCAAUUUAUCAAAUGGUUUCUGCCUUUCUGGAUGACAUGCGGGCAAAUGCAAAAGCAUCAAGUUUGGAGAAGAAUUGGAUCAGUGAAGGAAGAAAACCUAUAUUUGGUUCACAGGCUGUGUUGGUUCAGAAGUUGAGCCUGUUUAUUGAAUAUCGUGCUGUCUGAACCUGGUGUGAUGUCUCUCAAAUAUUUGCUAGCAAUUCAGACCAUACUUCGGGUGAAGAAUUUUUUGGAACUGCUGAUCAGCUCGGGAGGCAUUUCCCAUUCAAAAUCUUCAGGAAGGCAAGGAGGGCCCUGACCUGUCAAUUUCACAGUUUUAAACCCGUUGGAAGCACCAAGUUAGUGAUUGGGAAUUUGCUCACUCAUUCUGUUUGCUACUCCCAGUUAAUUUCUCAUAGCCUGGAACAGUAGAGUACAGUUAUCUGUAUGAUGAAAUUUCACCGUAGCUUGGAACUUGAAAUGUUUUUGGCUAUCAUUCAACAUGAUUGUCUUCUUAAAUUGUCAGUACGUACAUUAUACACGCAAUCUGUAACUUCUUACGCACUUGGUCAUUGAGUACUAGUCAUAUUCGAA